AUGGCAGCUUCCGACGAACCUAUCGAUUUCGACAUCAUCGAGGCACAGAAGGAAAACGUCCAAUCCCUCCCUGGUGGACGGUCAGCCAGAGAACUUGCCCGGAUAUUUUCAGCCGGCAGCAACAGUGACAAAUUCCCCUCGCCUUCACCAAAUGGUACCAGGACCAUCAACGAUGCCGUACGUCAAGAAUUCGAAAGCGAAUUGCAGUCGAUAGCAGAAUCGGAUGACCCACUCGAUGUUUACGACCGUUAUGUCAAAUGGACCCUGAACGCGUACCCGUCUGCGCAAGCGACUCCGGAGUCUGGUCUGCUACCUUUAUUGGAACGGGCAACAAAAUCAUUCCUUUCAUCUUCGCAUUACAGAAAUGAUCCUCGGUACCUUCGCUUGUGGCUUCACUAUGUUCGACUCUUCUCCGAUGCCCCACGCGAAACAUUCGCGUUUCUUGCUCGUCAUCAAAUUGGCGAGAGCUUGGCCCUUUUCUAUGAAGAAUUUGCCGGGUGGCUAGAAGGUGCUGGACGGUGGUCACAAGCCGAUGAGGUAUACAGGCUCGGCAUGGACCGUGAAGCACGGCCGGUCGAGAGGCUGGCGCGGAAAUACAGCGAAUUCCAAUACCGAUACGAUGAACGACCACAAGACACCGGGCCCUCCUCUCCCGCUUUGCCAACCGUCCGUCCUGCGCUGGCCGCCAAGACGAAUCCGUUCGCACCGUCAGAUGCCUCUGCUAACCCACAAGCUUCACGCUCCUCGCCUCAGGCCGCCGGUGCCGCUAAAACUAAGUCUGGAAAGCCCAAAAUGGCUAUUUUCUCAGAUGCUGACUCGGCUGCGCCGGCCCCUGCUACGGGUGGACCGACAAGGGGAUGGGAAAGCAUUGGAUCAAUCCGGGAUCGCAAGAAGGAGAACGAAGUGGAGGCGAAGCCAUGGGCAGGCGAGACUCUGAAGGCCGGAAAAAAGGCAGCGCCAACACAAAAACUGGCCAUUUUCAGGGAUGAGUCCAAUCCAGAUCUUCCAUCCAACCCCCCAAUACCACUCAAAGAAGUACCCGAACAUCACGUAAGGGAAGCGGUCAAUCCGCGGACUGGCCGACGAGAGCGUGUAUUUGUCGACCUAGAAUCUGUAUACCCGGAUCGCGCGAAUCCUGCAUAUGAGAUGAGUUUUGAAGAGCUUAGAGCAAUGAAACGUGGCUGGAUGAGCAAGAAUUGGCAGAGACAAACAGAUGCCUUGAAACAGAUUUCUAGAAAUGCAGACAACAGCGAGUCAAGGGCAGGAGAGUACACUGCAUCACAUGAGUUACCGGAGCAUCUUGGCCAAAAUCUCACCACAGCUCAUCAUGCUCAAUCUCAACAUCAAGAUGAAGGCCAUGCAUACAAAUCUAGCAAAACGAGUCGUACCAAGGUCAAGGGGGAAACAACACAAACGCAAACUGUCAAAAUGAAGUUCGACUCUCCAUCCAAUAAUAAGAAAGUCCGACGAAAGAGUACUCGAGAACCGACAAUGACAAUGCACACUCGUGCGGCAACGGAUGAAAUCUAUAGUAUUUUCAAUCAACCCUUGAAGGCAGAGACUGAAGCAGAUGCCGAUAGCUUCUGCGGAAGUGACUACGAAGAUGAGGAUUGCGCGAGUACAGGAGAUAGUACAGGUACAGGACGCAUCUCAGCAGCCUCGAGCGAUUUCGGGGAUGAGGAGACUCAAACGUUCCACAAAUCCUACGAUGAUACUGAUUAUGCCAACACGACACGGGCCGAGAGUAUUGAUGGCGAUGGAAGUGAUUGGACAGAGUUCAACGCUGAUCGCGAUAUCCCUGAUAUCGAGAACGCUGAAACUACUUCGCACUCCGUCGUCAGUCAAGGAGCGGCAGAUAGUUCAACGCAAGGGACACCGGAGAGGAAAGGAUUUGUACCAGAGAUGCCUGAUGACUACGCUCCCCCAUGGGGGACCUAUCGCGACCCUGCAAUCAUGGCCCAGAACCGCUUGCCUUUCAUGACGCCUAUCGUGGAGCGAACCGAAUGUUCCAUUCCUUCUUUGACAGCUGCUCGAAACAGCAUCUAUAACGCAAAAACGCCUUCGAAGCCCAGAUCGCCGGCCAAUGAUCUUUCGCUGUACAGUCCAUUGGGAACAGAGACACCAUACCAAGGAGAUCGCACCGUGUCAUCCACCGCUGAUGUGCCAUUCAGUCCCAUGGCCUUCAAGGCACUCGCGCCUAAGCCAAGGAGACGGGAAGCCAUAAUCAGAGAUGCGCAGUGCAAUCCGACUGACAAGGGUAUUCGUAACACGAUCCUAAACUCGCUUGAAAUGCCUCUUGCGAUGUACACAGGUUAUCAUGGUCAUGUUGAAGAUAGCAAUUAUGCUUCCAUGAUUCAGAAAUUCGUGAAAACCAAUACCAGGCGAUCUAAGACUGCCGUGGACGAGGCAUUCGACGCACCUAUCCUCGAAUUCCCAGGAGCAGAACGAAGCUACAUCAUUCGGCGUGAGCUUGGAGCCGGUGCAUAUGCACCAGUCUAUCUUGCCGAGAGUGUAGACAGUCUUGAAUCUUACGACUCCGAUUCCGACAAUAGCGUAAGCCCUCAGGACAGAACCUCCGAAUCGAGAAAGCCGAACGCGUAUGAAACUCCCCGAUUCCCCUUCGAAGCACUCAAGGUCGAAAAUGGACCAUCAAGCGCAUGGGAGUUUUACAUGAUGCGCACAACAUACAGCCGCUUGCGACACUCUCCAGAUCAUUCUCGUGUCACCGACAGCAUCAUUCGUGCACACGAACUACACGUACAUAAACGUGAAAGUUUCCUGGUUGAGGAUUAUCGAGGACAAGGCACCCUGCUUGAUCUUGUCAACAUCGUCCGCAAUGAAAGCAUCAACUCUAAUCAUACUUCUGAAGGCGGUCUCGAGGAGGUUCUAGCAAUGUUCUUCUCUGUCGAACUAUUCCGCACCGUCGAGGCACUCCAUGCCAACGGAAUCCUCCACGGCGACAUCAAAGCUGACAACUGCCUGGUCCGGCUGGAUGACUAUAAUCCACACGAACCGCCCUCCAAGGCCUUCUCUCUUCUUGAUCUCGACACCGAUGAAACCGCGCUGGAUCCCCGCGAAAGUAUUCAUUACUCGCCAAGCGGAUUCCACGGCUGGCAACAAAAAGGCCUGGCCUUGAUCGACUUCGGCCGUAGUAUCGACAUGCAAGCUUUCUCGCCAAGUGUGCAAUUUAUCGCCGACUGGGAGACCGGCACGCACGAAUGCAAUGAGAUCCGUGAGAUGCGUCCCUGGACCCACCAGAUCGAUCUAUACGGUAUUGCCGGCGUCAUCCACGUCCUACUAUUCGGCAAAUACGUCGAGUCCACCGCGAUUGAUGGCAACGACGAAAACACAUCAUCCCGUACCUAUCGAAUCCGCGAGUCACUGAAGCGAUACUGGGACCGUGAACUCUGGGCUGACGUCUUUGACCUCCUGUUGAACCCUGGUGCCGAGCGCUGGCAGCGCAUCGAGCGCGAAAAUGGUGUGGAUGCGACCGAGCCUAUUCUACCUGUCCUGCAUUCUAUGCGUCAUGUCCGCGAGGAAAUGGAGGAGUGGUUGCUCGUCAAUGCUGAGAAGAAGGGUCUUGCUCUUCAAAUUCGGAAGAUUGAGGCUCUCCUUGCGGAGCGGAAGAAGAAAUUGGAGAGGUGA